AUGGCAGUCCUCCUUACUAGGCUACCCCAACUACUGCAGUCGACGGGAGCAGCGCUGGCUAUAUCUUGGGCUAUACUCGCACUGAGGCCCAGGGAAAAGGCCAUGCGGUUGGAUACUAGGAUGAAGAGGAAUGCCGCGCCUUACCCUCGUAAUGUGUUCAAGAAACGGUAUAUACCACCAGCAUCGCCCGUCACGAGACGGCUGCUGGAGAACUUCGACUCCUUCUGA